ACCCGUUCCCUCCGCUUAUCCUCACCCAUAACUCACCCAUACCUUUACCCGAUACACUUCAACCCAUAAGCGAACCUGGUGCCUGUAGAUCUUGUAUCUUAUACAACUUGCUCUUCCCUUCCACCAUCCUUUUAAUUUUCUUGCAAUCCAUCGCCUACUUUGUCUCACUCUUACUUUUGCAUAUAACUCGCCACAUAUCUAAUUCAUUCAACAUGGCGCAGACAACCUUACACAGUGAGACAGGAAAUCUAGUAACCACUUAUCUUAUACUCAUAGUGUUACUAUUAUCGUUAUGGAUCCUCUACGCAGGGAUGCUGUAGACCACCAAUCUUCCCUCACUAGUCAUUUCAUCAUGUAACCUAAGUCGGGGGUAGCACAAACCAGUAGUACGUAGCACUAGCCUCAAGAUGGAGGGGGUGUGUCGCACAUGUGGCCAGGUCCAUGGGGGCGGAGACCCUCAUCUCUACGACUACGCCCAGGAUGUCGACGAGGACCUCAUGUGUCAGAUUUGUCUUCAGCCCUUCGUCUGUCCAGUAGACCUCCUGUGCGGCCACACCUUCUGUCUUCCUUGCCUUCACAAACACCUUCAAGUGCAGAAACUCUGCCCCAUAGACCGCAAACCAACCGACCUCAAAGAAUCUCUCCCCUCCAGCCUCGUUCUGAAAAAAUUAAUCGACAAGCUAUUGGUGAAAUGUCCUCCGAGUGCAGACUGUGGCCAGACCGUACAAAGAGGUGACCUAGAAGACCAUCUCAAGUUCCGAUGCCCAGUUCUCAAAUCUCCAUUGAGAGUACAGCCUGUGUCGCCUCCCAACUCCGUAUCGGUCGACUCGUCGCCCAAAAUCGGUAUUACCAGACUGCCAGUGCUGGAGGGAGAAGUGAGCCACAUUGAGAUUCCCCGAAUUUCCCCGAGUUUGGGGAUCACUGUCGUCGGAGGCUCUGAUACCGCUCUUCGCUGUAUUGUAGUACAGGAAGUGUUUCCUGAUGGCCUGGUGGCCCAAGACGGCCGCCUCAAGCCCGGAGACCAACUGGUUGAGAUCAAUGGAGUUGACAUGAGCACAGCUUCUCACCAUCAGGCAUGCCAGGCCCUCAGAAAACUCAAGUCUCAAGUUCUUCGCCUAGGUGUUUACAGAGAGCGGAUUGCCCCUUACAAUGGUCCGAAUGAUGCUCAACAUGUGACCGUGACUGUGACCAUAGAGCGUGAGUCACAGCAGGCCCUAGGUAUCCGUUUGAGCGGUUCAUGGAUGGAGAGCGGCAUCUACAUCACAGAGAUCGUACCCGGCAGUCCUGCCGCUCUCACCAACCUGUUGUGCCCCUACGACCGCAUUCUCUAUGUCAACGAUGAAGACGUCGCCAACAGCCAACUCCAGCAAGUCUCAACAUUGCUUCAGAGCUCAGAGAAGGUGACUCUGGUCGUGGCUCGUAAGCGCAGUUCUCUUCCUGUCUCUCAUUCUCGCACCAAGUCUGCUCCGGAGUCCCAUGAUUCCGAUUCCUCUCCCUCCCUCUCCUCCAACCCUCCUCUGAGUCAUAAGUCUGUCUCGUGUGAUUCCCUCACUCCUCCAGCCCCAAUGCCCCCUCACCACGCUGCCACCAUCAACCUCAACAGAGACUUCUCCUCACAGGAACUACAACACAAGUUCAUCACAAUCGUCAAGGAGCCCAAUGAAAGUCUCGGAAUGAGAAUUGGUGGGGGACUCGGCAGCAAUGAAGGUGACAUUCCCAUCUACAUCGCCAACAUUCAUCCCCACGGCUGUGUAGGAAAAACUCAGCAGAUUUGGAAAGGAGACAUCCUAAUAGGUGUGAACGGCAAUAGCUUGGUUGGACUAACCCAUGGACAGGCUGUUGCUACUCUCAAGGCCACAGUGGAAACUACACGUGUUGAGAUGACUGUGGUAGAGGGUCCAGAAACCUCCCUUGGAGCAUUCAACUUCAUCCCUUCCUGGCUCUACUGGCAGAAGCUACCAAGGUGCCUUCAAUUCCCCAAGACAGUGACCCUGUUUCGUAGCCCGGGGGCCAGUUUGGGGUUCAGCAUCGUGGGGGGGGAGGACCCUACCCGGGGGGCACAGCAUAUUCACAUCCUCUUUGUAGUCCAGGACUCUCCUGCUGCUAAGGAUGGGAAACUGAGAUGUGGAGAUCGUCUUCUCUCAGUGGAUGGACAGUCAUUAGAGAAGGUAGAGCACUCCAAGGCCGUGUCAAUGUUGAAACAGACGGGUACAAAAGUGGUACUUGAAAUCGUCUCUUGGCUCGGCACAGAAAUAUAAUAAUCUAAGAUGGCUGUAAUUUUAAUCAAAUUUUACUUGACUAUUUUUUUAAGAGAAUAUUUUUGUAAAUAGUAUACCAUUUUAUACAAUGAAUAUUAGGCCAAUUAGACUGUAACACCGAGCGUCGUAUAAUAAUUAGAGUUAGGGCGAUCCCUUUUUAAAAAUAGUUUUUAUCGAAAUCUGCAAAAGACAUAAAUCAUGUCUUAAUAUCCUUUUUAGGAUAAAAAUCUUAUUUUUAGAAUCAAUCGCAUUUAAGGUUUUAGUAUAGUUUUAUAUAUCUCCGACUAGUUGACUGCAAUUGAAGGUAUUUAUUUGAUGCUGUUAUAUCACUAUGUCUUACUAUAUUUAUUGACGGAUAAGAUACUUGUAUAUCUUACAGUAGCAGUGUUAUUCCUGACUUCUUUUCUGCAAUCUGUUUGCUUGGUAGGAAAGAUUUUUGUCAGUAUUAUGUACUAGCUUGUGAUACUAAACUAUUCUGUUGUUACUAAUAUUUGUAGUGAUUAUGACUAGCGAGGGAAUGUACAUUUAAUAUUUAAUACUUAGUGAAUAACUGAAUUGCAUUUACUGUCAGAUUCCAAUGUGGUACAAAAUGUACUUUUUACUCAAUAAAAUUGACAUGUUUUGAUA